AUGCUCAAGUCAAUGCUCACCACCGUCCUGCCGCUGCUGAUGCUGGCGGGCAAUGCCCUCGCCAUCGGCUGCUCAACCCAUAGCUUCACCACCUGCGAGGACAAGAUCGUCCACUGGUUUGACCCCGACACCGGCGAGGUGUGCGAUCCGCUCGAUUGCGGCGGUGGCCGCGCCCCCCCAAAGACUGACGAGCCUGGCUGCCCUCUAUACACUGGCACCCUGGUCCGCACAACCUCCUACCUUUCCUGCUGGACGCCCUCCUCUGCGCUUGCGACUGCGACGCCUACAAUGACCACCUCUGUCGAAUCCACCUCUGCCGAGUCCACCUCGGACGUGGCCACGACGGAGACAAGCGUCGCCUCUUCCACUUCGGCUGGCAGCGCCACUGGAACCGAUGUCGUGGGUAGCGCUACCACUCCUGCGACUACAGCAGCUGCUACUCUCUCGACCGGUGCACACACUUCCACUGCCAACUCCACUACCAACUCCACUGCCAACGGCACGGCCAGCACCACUGGCUCCUCUGCCCCGGUUGCCACGACUAAUGCCGCCGACGCACUGGCUGGCUCGCUGCUGGCUGCUGUUGGUGCUGCGGUUGGUGCUUUCGCUCUGCUGUAA